AUGUCUAAAUCCCUGAAAUCAUAUGGGGUUCCUUCCUCGAAUAGUGUUCCGACUGGGCUCACAAUGCCAACUAUUGAUGCAGUCAAUUUUGAGAUCAAGCCCGCUCUAAUCUCCAUGGUCUCACAAAGUCAAUUUGGUGGCCAUCCAUCUGAGGAACCCACCAACCAUUUGCAGAGGUUCAACCAACUGUGUGGUUAUGAUUUUCUUGCCAAUUUAGCUGCCAACCAUUACAGCACCACCAGAUCCACAUCUAAGAAGGGAAAAUUGGAUGUCGAUGCUUAUGCUCUAUUGUCCUCACAAGUGGCAGCCUUGAACCUGAAGAUCGAUUCUUUGAAGGCUCCUCAGUCUUGUACUCCCCCAAUGAGUAUUAAUGCUAUGUCUAGUGUAGCUCCAGUGACAACUUCUUACUGCGAAGUAUGUGGAAUCCAAGGUCACUUUGGUCAUGAGUGCUCUUAUAGUUUACAGGAUACUACGCAAUUGGAGCAAUUCCAUCCACCUCAACCACAUGUUGCUAGGCCUCCAUUUCAACAAGGAGCCUCACAUAAUGCUCCCCCGGGGUUUAAUAGGCCCCCGCAUCAAGGAUAUCAACAACCCCCUCAGAGCAGUGCUACUCCAGAGCCUAACAUGGGUGAUCUGUAUAAGCUCAUUGCAAAUAUGCAGAAGACCGCAGAGAUAGCUCAAAAGAACCAUGAUGAGAGCAUCAAAGAGUUGAAGAAUCAGAAUAGAAUGUUGGAGAAUCAAGGCAACCUACUCCGCCCCAGAACAGAGAAAGUGCCAAUGCUAUCACUCUUAGAAGUGGCACUAAAUAUAAUGGACCCCCGAUGCCCACUGAUGAAAACUCUUGCUAAGGAGAACACAGAUGGACCAGGGAAAGCAAUUGAUGCAGAGCCUCAAGUCCUGGAAGUUGGUAAUGCUGAUGAUGUUGGUGCAAAUAAGGGGAAAGAGAAGAAUUCUGAUUCUCUCCCUAUUGUGCCUAAGUUACCUUUCCCUCAUCGGAUGCAGAAAACUAAGGUUGAUCAACAACUUGGUAAGUUCUUGGCAAUGGUCAAGAAUCUUGAGGUAACGGUCCCUUUUACUGAUUUAAUAUCUCAAGUUCCUGUUUAUGCAAAAUUUUUGAAAGAGAUGAUCACUAAAAAAAGGGAUUAUGGUGGUGUGGAGAGAGUCGCUCUAACUGAAGAGUGUGCAAGUGUGUCUGUCAUGCCCCUUUCUGUCUGUAAUAGGUUGAAUAUGGGAAAACUAAAAUGCACGCAAAUCACUUUGCAAAUGGCAGAUCGUUCUAUAAAAUAUCCUUUAGGUAUUUUGGAGGAUGUUCCUGUCCGGGUGGGAAAAUUCUACAUUCCUGUUGAUUUUGUGGUGCUAGAUAUGGAGGAGGAUAGUCAAAUCCCCAUAAUUUUGGGUAGGCCAUUUUUAUGUACUGCAGGUGCUGUUAUUGAUGUCAAGUCUGGGUCUCUUACUUUGAGUGUUGGUGAUGAUACUGUUACUUUUAAUCUAACCAAUGCUGUGAAGUCUCCUAUGCUUGAGAAUACUUGUUGCAGGAUUGAUAUUGCAGAAGAGAUUUCUCUAGACAACAUUCCUAGAAUGUUGUAUGAUGAUCUAUUGCUGGCGACUCUCACCUUGGAAGCCCAUAAAGGGGAAGGAGAUUGUGAGAUUGAUUCCUUGAUCUCGGAUUUAGAUGGAAUUGAAGUUGAGAAGGUCGAUGGUUUUGAGGUAUUGGCAACUGUUUGCUCUAUUUCCGAGCCACAGGUAACGAAGGUAGAACUAAAACCAUUACCAUCUCACCUUAAAUAUGCAUUUCUUGAUGAUAAUGAGGAUUUUCCUGUGAUCGUUAAUGCUGCACUCGACGAUAGCCAGCUUUCUAAGCUUCUGACCGUGCUACGUAUGCACAAAAAGACAAUCGGGUAUAGCAUUGACGAUCUCAAGGGCAUUAGUCCUGACUUUUGUAUGCAUAGAAUUAACUUGGAAGCAGAUCACCGCCCUCGCAUAGAGCCACAACGUCGUUUGAAUCUUAAUAUGCAAGAUGUGGUGAGAAAAGAGGUAGUGAAACUACUUGAUGCGGGCAUCAUCUAUCCCAUUUCAGAUUCUAAAUGGGUGAGCCCGGUGCAAGUCGUUCCUAAGAAGGGGGGGACAACGGUCGUUAAAAAUGAUAAGGAUGAGCUUAUCCCCACUCGUGUUGUCACAGACGACCAGGAGAAGACGACGUUCACCUGUCCAUAUGGAACUUUUGCAUACCGCAGAAUGCCGUUUGGUUUGUGCAACGCCCCUGCUACAUUUCAAAGGUGUAUGAUGGCCAUCUUUUCUGACUUCAUCGAGGAUAUCAUGGAGUGCCACUUUAUGGUCAAUGAAGGAGUGGUACUUGGUCAUCUUAUUUCUGAGCGUGGCAUCCAAGUUGACCGAGCAAAAAUUGAGGUGAUCGAGAAACUUCCCCCUCCCGUGAAUGUCAAGGGAGUGAGGAGUUUUCUCGGUCAUGCGGGUUUCUAUCGCCGUUUCAUAAAAGAUUUUUCUAAAAUUGCGAAACCCCUCACUCAAUUACUGCUCAAGGAUGCCACAUUUGAGUUCACUGAUGCUUGUUUGGAGUCUUUUGACAGGAUAAAGAAAGCAUUGAUAACUGCUCCGAUCAUUCAGCCUCCGGAUUGGGAUUUGCCGUUCGAAAUUAUGUGUGAUGCGAGUGAUUUUGCUGUUGGAGCAGUGCUUGGCCAAAGAAAGAACAAGUAUUUGUUGGCCAAGAAAGAGGCCAAACCGAGACUUAUUCGAUGGAUUCUUCUUCUCCAGGAGUUUGAUUUGGAGAUUCGGGAUAAGAAGGGUGCUGAGAAUGUUGUUGCAGAUCAUCUCUCUCGGUUGAAAUUUCAAUCUAGCACAGACGGGCCUAUCAAUGAUUCUUUUCCUGACGAUCAUCUAUUCUCUGUGUCUACUCAAUCCCCAUGGUAUGCGGACUUUGCAAACUAUUGUGUUGGUGGGUCCCAUCCUCCGGAGUUGACAUAUCAACAACGUAAGAGAUUCUACCAUGAUGCUAAACGGUAUUUUUGGGAUGAUCCACAUUUUUAUCGGAAGUGUGCCGAUGGUAUGUUUCGUAGGUGUGUAGCGGAUUGGGAUACCCACGGGGUUCUUAAGCAUUGCCACAGUUUACCUUCUAGUGGCCAUCUUGGUGCUAUUCCGACCGCCCAUCGAACUCUUCAAAGUGGUUUCUAUUGGCCUUCUAUAUUCAAGGAUACUCGCUUCUUUUGCAAUGCAUGUGAUGAAUGUCAACGGACGGGCAAUGUUUCGAAAAGGCAAGAGCUACCACAGACCGGAAUUCUUGAAGUUGAGCCAUUUGAUGUAUGGGGCAUUGAUUUUAUGGGACCGUUCCCUUCUUCAUGUGGGAAUCGGUACAUCUUGGUUGCCGUUGAUUACGUUACAAAGACUUUUAAGGCUCUUCUGAAGAAGCACGGAGUUACUCAAAAGGUUGGCAUGGCUUAUCAUCCUCAAACGAGUGGCCAAGUCGAAGUUUCUAAUCGACAGAUCAAGAGAAUUCUCGAAAAAGUGGUCAACAAGUCUCGAAAGGAUUGGUCGUUGAAGUUGGAUGACACAUUGUGGGCGUUGCGCACGGCCUACAAGACUCCGUUGGGGACAACUCCGUAUAGGUUGGUGUAUGGCAAAGCUUGUCAUUUACCAGUUGAAAUGGAAUAUCUCUCUACUUGGGCCGUCAAGGAGAUCAAUAUGGAUUUAGAAGCGGCCGGUGAAGCGAGACUUCUUCAAUUGAAUGAGCUAGAUGAACUACGGUUUGAAGCUUACGAGAAUCAUAGGCUCUAUAAGGAGCAAACGAAGAAGUUUCAUGAUAAGAUAAUUCAAAAACGGGAGUUCAACAUCGGUGAUAAGGUCUUGCUUUAUAAGUCACGACUACGGCUUUUUCCAGGAAAGCUUAAGUCUAGAUGGUCCGGACCCUUUACUAUCACCGAAGUCAAGGAACAUGGAGCUAUUGAGGUUGCUAGUGAAAAUGGCACCAAGUUCAAAGUGAACGGUCAACGUUUGAAGCUAUACACUGAAGGAGCGUUUAUUGGAAAAUUGGAGACGAUCUAUCUCUCCGAUCCACCCACCGACGCUUAA